AUGAACUUAUCCAUACUUUUGACAUUCACUCUACUAUAUAAUGUUGUAUUGGCUAAGAUCCAUACUUUUAAUUGGACCACUGGCUGGGGGAACUACGAUGUAGAUGGUACUUUUGAAAGACCUGUCAUUACUUGCAAUGGUGAAUUCCCAUGGCCAGACAUUAGGGUUGCUAAAGGUGACAGAAUUGAAAUAUAUUUGACUAACGGCUUCACUGACGCUAAUACUACCUUGCAUGCCCACGGUUUAUUCAUGAAAGGUAUGAACCAAAUGGACGGACCACCAAUGGUUUCACAGUGUCCUAUUGCUCCUGGUGACACUUUCUUAUACAAUUUCACUGUUGAUGAUAACGUGGGUACUUAUUGGUAUCAUUCACACACACUGGGUCAAUACGGUGACGGUUUUAAAGGUAAACUGAUUAUUGAAGAUGGUGAAAAUAAUGAGAAUUUCCCAUAUGAGUAUGAUGAGGAAGUCAGUAUCGAACUUUCUGAAUGGUAUCAUAAGACUAGCGAAGAAUUGAUCCCUUCUUUUAUGAGUUUGUUCAAUCCUACUGGUGCUGAACCAAUCCCACAAAAUUUGAUCAUUAAUAAUACUAAGAAUUUAACAUGGGAUGUCAAACCAAAUACUACUUAUUUAUUGAGACUGUUGAAUACUGGUGGGUUUGUCUCUCAGUACUUUUGGAUAGAAGAUCAUAACAUGACCGUUGUAGAAGUGGAUGGUGUCUACACUGAAAAAAAUACUACUGAUAUGCUAUACAUUACUGUUGCUCAAAGAUAUUCAGUUUUAAUUACGACAAAGGAUGAUACUUCAAAAAAUUAUGCUAUCAUGCAAAAAUUCGAUGAUACUAUGUUAGAUAAGAUUCCAAAGGAAUUAGAAUUAAAUGCAACUUCUUUUAUGACUUAUAACUCCUCUGCUCCAAAACCUGAAGAAUCAUAUGUAGAUUCUCUAGAUGAUUAUCUAGAUGAUUUCUAUUUAAUUCCAUAUGAUAAAGUAGAAGUCUAUGGUGAGCCAGACUAUACCAUCACUUUAGAUUUAAAAAUGGAUAAUUUAAUAAGUGGUGUAAACUAUGCCUUCUUCAAUAAUAUCACCUAUACUUCUCCAAAGAUUCCAACUUUAAUGACAGUAUUAUCGGCUGGCACAGAUGCUAAUAAUCCUUAUAUCUACGGUACAAAUACUAAUACUUUUGUAUUGAACAGAAAUGAAACUAUUGAUUUAGUAUUGAAUAAUUUGGAUUCUGGUAAACAUCCUUUCCAUUUACAUGGUCAUGUUUUCCAAUUGGUUUGGAGAGACAGACCAUAUGACAGUGACUUGGGUGAAGAACCACAUGCAUAUAACGAAACUGAAUCUCAUACCUUCCCACAAUACCCAAUGAUGAGAGACACUGUGUAUGUUAACCCUCAAUCAAAUUUUGUAUUACGUUUCAAAUCAGAUAACCCAGGUGUCUGGUAUUUCCACUGUCAUAUCGAAUGGCAUAUGGUUCAAGGUCUAACUAUUGUUUUGGUAGAGGACCCUUAUGGUAUUCAGUCAGACCCUACUCAACAGAUUAAUCAAAAUGGUUUGGAUAUCUGUAAAAGCGUUGGUGUUAUGACAAGUGGUAAUGCAGCAGGUAAUGAUGACUUCUUUAACUUAAAAGGACAAAAUGUUCAAGAAAAUUUUAUUCCAGGUGGCUUUACCGCUAAAGGUAUUGUUGCUUUAACAUUCUCUUGUUUAGCUGGUAUUUUAGGUCUUGCCACAUUAGCAUUUUAUGGCUUAAUGGAUAUUCCUGACGCUGUCGAAAAGGUAGCUGAUGACUUGAGUAUACCAUUAACAGAUAUUGUUGAUACAUCAACCCAUUUCACUUAA